UCUCCUCUCAGUCUCAUAAGGGCACGAAGGUUACGAAAGCAGCUGAAAAUGAGCCUCACAGCAGAGGACAAGGCCUUGGUGAAGACGAUCUGGGGCAAGCUCAACGGCAAGGCCGAUGCCAUCGGAGCGGAGGCCCUGGAGAGAAUGCUGAUCGUCUACCCGACAACCAAAGCGUACUUCGCACACUGGCCUGAUAUCUCUCCUGGCUCUGAGUCCGUGAGGAGUCACGGAAAGACCAUCAUGGCUGCUGUUGCAGACGCCGUGGGUAAAAUAGACAACCUCGUCGAUGGACUGAGUGACCUCAGCGAGCUGCACGCUACCAAACUGCGCAUCGACCCCAGCAACUUCGAGAUAUUGUCUCUCAGCCUCGUUAUGUCUUUGGCCCGGGAGUUCCAAUCUGAUUUCACCCCCGAAGUGCAUACGGCUAUGAGCAAGUUCUUUGAAGCUGUGUCUACCGCUCUGACAGACAAAUAUAAAUAAGAUAUCAUCCACCAACCACUACUGUACCAGCUCUGUUCAACUCUGUCUAUCAGGCAGAAUUUCAAAGAAACAAACUUCUUUAGAGAAGCAAUGUGUCCUGUGCUUUUAAAACAGUUUCAUACAUUCAGUGAUCACUUUAUUAGGCAUUUAUUACACUUGUUUUUUUAGACUUAUUGGUCUUCUGCUGCUGGAGCCUAUCCACUUAAGAUGUUUGACAUGUUUUGUGUUCUGAGACGCUCUUCUGCAUACCACUGUUGUAAUGUGUGGUUAUUUGUGUUACUGUCACCUUCCUGUCAGCUUUGACCAGUCUGGCCCUUCUCCACUGACCUCUCUCUUUAACAACGCGUUUUUGCUCGCAGAAAUUGCCUGCCGUUUCUGAGAUACUCAAACCACUCUGUCUGGCAUGAUCAUAUUUCUUCCCCGUUCUGACAUUUGGUCUGAAAAACAGCUGAACCUCUUGACGAUGUCUGCAUGUGUUUAUACAUUUAGUUGCAGCCACAUGAUUUGAUACUUUAAUAUUUGCAUUAGCAAGCUGUUGUACAGGUCUACCUAAUAAAGUGAGUGUAUUUCUGGUU